GCACCGCGCGGCGGCGAAGGAAAGCGAAGCGAGGGGUUUGUUGUCGUUGGGCAGCGGCGGCGAUUCGGUGCGGGCAGCCGGUUUGUGGUGGCGGGUGGCCUCGUACUCUCCGUUGCUGUUCCCGGAUUUCUCGUUCACUUGGUUACGGCGUACGUCGACUGCGUUGUGAAGUUACGAACGGCAUCGGACGAAGGAUGUCGUCGUCCACACUGCGUUGCCGACAUGUAUGGAUGCAGCGAGGACCGAGCCACGCUACCCAGCGACGCGGGAGCCGCCGCACUUGAGCCAACAGCGCACGCUUUCCAUCAUUAACGCUCUGGGGCGCUCGCCGGAGACAAACCCGGUUGUUGUCAAGCCGGCUGGGCGUACGCGUGCUUCUUUCAGUCGCGUUUAAACCAAGUCUGUGCGUAGGUGGUUUGGUAGAGACGCAGUCGGCGCUCCUACCGCUGUGUUUACGACGUGCGGGACUUGGACUUGUUUCGAAAAUCGAGCCGCCCACAUGGCAGUGCGUCUUUUUCUGUGAACGUGUACCUAUUUCAGUGCGUCGCGAUGUUGUGGUUAAGUCAAUUUCUGGUGGCCUUUCUGUUCAACUUGGCACCGACCACCGUCACCUUGGCCAAUGCUGGCGACGCUUUCAGCAGCAAGGUGCCGCCGGGCACGGUCGAGUUGGAUCUCCUCAAGAAGUUGAACAUCAGCACACUACACAAGGGAGUGGGCCACACCACGGGUCCCAUAUCUAGUCUACCAGCGUGGAAGCUCUUCUCCGGUCUGAACGCCGUGCAGAUUCCGCUGGAGCCGGAGUCCAGCUUCCAACACCAGCUGGCCAGCACCGGAGCACUUUCAGCCAUUUUCGUCGCUAGGCCCAAUCGCCACAGCGUGGCCACACUGUUCAGCAUUCACCUACCGGGCAAGAUGUCGCCCCUGGUGAGGGUCGCCGUCAAUUUCAGGACCCGGCGCUUCGUGCUGUCUUACACUGUGCCGGACUUUGUAACCACCGCGUCAGACGAAGACGAGGGAGGCGACACAGCAACCAACAGACGGGACCUGGACAUGGCGGAUGACGUCAGUGAAGGGGACGGUGCUGAGCCAAUGGCCGAUGACGCCGACGAGACCUUUCGCCUCAACUCAGCCGACGUGAGGCACGUAAAGUUCAAGCUGGCCUCGGCCAAGACGCUGAAGAAGACGCACGGCUGGACUUGGAUCGGUGUCACCCUGACGCGGGAAAAAGUGACUCUUUACGAGAACUGUGAGAAACCGGUGGAGAUUGAGCUUGUGCAUUCGCCGUUGCUGAGGUUUCCCAGCGACGCACUGGUCUACUUUCGCCAAGAACCUGGCUUGAAGCGCAAGUUUGUGGGAUCGGUUCAGGUUGCCCGCCUGUACAGUAACCGCAUCUCUUCGCGGCCCUGGAAGUGUUCGAGUACUGGAACUGCUAGCAUGGAAGAAUGAACUUGGCAGCCAAUUUUCGGAGGACCACCCGCCAAAAUGCUCGACAGAGACGCGUUGCACCGAUUACGCACAGCCGUAAACAUUGUAUCAGUGGGUGUGGACCGCACGUGAAUGGAGCAUUUGAGCACUAGUUAUGUGAAUACUUGUCAAGGGUACGUAGCAGUGGCCACAUUUGGGAGCAGAAAUGUAAUGUGCCUGGAUUGCGAUUUUAAUACAGUGCUUAAGUGAGAAUUUCGUAGUUAUAAGUGAUUGUUGUUUAUAAGUGUGUUCUUCAUAGGGAAUGGGGAACCACAGUGCCAAGGAAGACGGCGAGUUGUUUGACGCGACACAAGCAGCAGUUUCAGCGAAAAGACAUCACAUCUGCUGCGCAGUAUUGCAAGUGUUGUGUAGUAUUUGAUACUAAAAAUAAUUAGAAUUGACGUUGCCGGGGCCCUGUAACACUUUUUGAGCAUAAUCAGGAAGCGCUGCUGAUCAGUAUAAGGGGCUCUCGAGACACGCAAGCUAAAUAAAAUGUCAGCACGUGCAUUGCAAUUCAAAAUAAAUUACCAAAGUCGUCUAGAAAUUGCCUUGUCGCCUCUUGAUAAAUGACGGGAGGCGCUCCAAAAUCACUCGUAGAAGGCCAUCUAACAGCCAUUGGCUGAUUUGAACAUGACGUGCCCGGUCGUUACAGGGAUCGCCGCGGGAGGCCGCGAGUUGUCGACGCGCGCGAUCAUACUGAAAAAGCCAUGCAUUCUCAGAAAAAAAAAGGAAAGAAUGCUGGAAUUCACAAAGCGCCCAUGACGGUUUUUUUUUUACUCCUGCCAUUUAUCUUAGUUUAGCUUCCAGUGUUUUUGUCGGGACAAAAAAAAGAGAGAAAGCGUUUGUAGCGUGCGACGAAUCUUCGUAACUCCGCUCGUACUAGAUGGAUUCUCGAAAUUUUUGCGGCGUUGAUUUUAUGAGGCGAUAAGUUUUCGUAGUGAAUCCAUUCCGUGGUUACUUGAAAAAAGUGUUUCAGGACCCCUAAAUAAAUCAUGUUGAAAAUAGCCUGGUGUAUUUCUACACCCCAAUCUGAAUUACGUUUUUUGCGUCAUAUCAUAGAAAUUUAGGAACUCUCGUUUCAGUGAUUAAGAAUGACUGUUCGGAUGCACUGUUACAUAGUAUGCAAUCUGCAGAUAUCUCACUAUAUUUCAGCCUCUAGAAAUGCCACCAUUGCUGCUCUACGUUUCCGCACAAGUGGUGUGGCGUUCGUUUUACAUGAUUAUACUAUAGGGAUGACCUCGUGUGCUUCAUCACUGCAUCCAUUUAACUUACCCAUGAGUUUGGUACUGACAUCACAUCAUUAGUUUCCUUCACGUAGCAGUAUUUUCGAAAGCUUUAUGUUGAUAUCAGUUGCAGUAUGCACUGUUUCGAACAUUCGAACACUUUGGCAUAUCUACUUAUAUCUGAGUUGCAGUAGAAUCCGACUUGGAUUUCCAUGCAGACGUUCAUGUUGGAAAGUCGUGUACCCUUUUAUUAAUGAUGAUAUAUUUGUUACAUCUAUUGGUACCCGCACUGCUGAGAGCUUUUUGUGUCAUUGCCCCUAAAAAAAGCCGGAAAGUUGAUGCUUUAAAGUGAACAAUAUUUAUUAUAUUUAUCCUGCUGUAUCGGCGAAAACGACACUGCUUGUCUCGUAUUUCCCUUCCCAAUACUGGUCGUAUGAUCGUAGUCUUCAUUGAAGAAUUACUGUGAAUCUUCUCCGACGGAUAAAAAGUUUGUAAUGGUUAUGGCUGCCACCUCAAUUUUAUGAGCAGUUUAGUGCAUGGCCAGAAGUAGUUGCAAAAUGUAGUUCAGGAUUGUGAAACAUAUAUUUCAUAACAGGCUGAAACAGCGAUCUUGAUAAUUUGGCCUAUGAACAGAAAUGCACAAAUCACAUGUUCAACAAUAAAAAGAGCAAAACUGAGGAUUCAGAGCGCCAAAACAACGUUUAAAGAGAAAGAAUCUCGCUAAGUUAUUUUGCUCCAACGUUAUAGCGUUCUGGUUAGCAGUUUGCAGUCACUUUUUUUUCUCUACCAGGUGUGGGCAUCUUAGCAGUGGUAAUAUUUUAGUGUCGGGUACACGUGUCAUCCAGGUGCGAUACGGGUACGUUGCGCACGUGCGAGUGACUCAAAGUAAGCCACCAUAGCGACAUUGCGCGAAUUCGGCAGGUGAGACCUUUGUGUGCUCUGUGUGUUUAUAAGUGCUUUGAAGUGCGCACACUUUCUUGUUUCAGUGCAGACCUAACUUUCUGUUUCUUAUCGCCUGAUGCACCUCUAAGUAUAGUGCUUUUUUUAAUGUGUUUAGGUUAUGUUGGCAGUGGACUCUUAUUGGAAAAAUAUUGCGUACACUACACAUUUGCAGAGUCCACACCCUGCUUUGCGGUUAGUGUUAUUGAACUAAUGGUUCACUACUUAAAUAUAUCACAAUCAUAACGCACAUGCACAUAUUGUAAAAUUUUAUUUUGAUUAUCAAAAAGCGCGUUUGGAACUGCCAUCAUUUCACUUUAAAACGCUGCUUCCGCUGAUAUCGCAUUUGACGAAUACGUACUGAGCACCUGCUGUAAAAUACUUAGUGGCAAUGAUACUCCGUUUUAUACGUGAUUGUGAAGAACGGCUAAUUACUUUUCAGCCGGGCUUGUUACCUCUGGAAACAACAGCCAAACGCUAGGGUCCCAGCGAAAGCGUGGUCGAUUUAUACCCAUCGUCUCGUGUAGUUCUAUUGCAUUCGCACCACCUUGUGUAAUUUUUCACAAGCCUUGUUGGGCUGCUAUUCAAAUCAGAAAGCAGGCAUACCCGUGUCCGAUUACGUCACUUUGUACAAGGAAUCGCGAGUGGGAUAGACUAGUGUUGGAGAGGUUACAGCACUGCGGCGUCCUGAAUCAAUGUGUUCUUGUACGUGAGAUAACGUUAUUGUAGCGCAUAUCGAAUUCCUUUCGAAGGUCGACAGGAAAGCCGACGGCUUGCCGGAAGAAGACGUUUCCGGGGCUUUUCUUUGUCACUUGCCCUCUUUAUGCAACGGAUGUGAAAAAAAAAAUGUUGGGUGUCUUUUGAAAGAUAAUAAAACAUACACGACCUUAUCCUG